AUGACUUGUUCUCGUUAUUGUAAAACAAUGCUUCGAACUACAAUCGUUUGCUUAAUUGCCUUAGCUUUGCAGGUAUCUGCAUUACCUGAGUAUAUUGAAAAUCUUGAACGUGAUUUAGCAUCAUUACCUGAAGAAUAUCAAUAUUUGGCUAAAGAAAUCAAUUCGAAGCGUGCAGCUGAUAAUGAACGAAAUAAUGAUGGAUAUUGUUGUAAAAAUUGGCAACAUAUUAAUAAUGAUCAAAUAGUCACCAAAAUGCAAACUUCAUUAGUACCUAAAACACAUACAAUUACAGUUGGUUAUCAAGAUUGUCAUGGAAAUAAAAAUCCAACUCGUCCACCAGUACCAAUUCCAAGUUCAACAGUACGUCCAGAAGAAAGUCAAACAACAUCUACCACUUCUCGCCCUAUAAGAACAACAACUGGAUGUAUGUGGACACCAAUUUAUGGUACAGAAACUUAUAUGACUACUGAAUAUACAGUUGUAACAAUGCUUGUACCAAAUUCACAAACAUAUUGUGCUCCAGAAGAUUAUAAAUGUUGUCCAAAUUAUGUUAUGCUUAAUAAUAAUUGUGUUGAUCAAUCCGCUGUUGCAAAUCUUGAAUAUCUCAUUCAACUUGGUUUAAUUAGUGGUAUUGGAAAGAAAUAA